AAAAAAAAAAAAAACACAGCAAAGCCAUCCCAUCCCUUCUCUUCAAUUUCCUCUCCUCUGUCCUCCUCUCUUUCCCUUUCCUUUAAGGCCUCCCUAGCAACAACCUUCCCCGUCAGUUUUCACGGUCUCCUUUCCUUUCUCUUCUUUUCCCUUUCCCUCCCCUCUACUCUCUUUUCCGGCAGCAUUCACAGCCGGAAACAUCAGCGUUGUCACCACCCAUCUUUCUCACCAGGCGUCCUCCUCGUCCGAUCUCCACCUCUCCACGGUUUUUCUCUCACCAACGAACUCUGCCACAGAAACGCCUGGAAACAACAGCAACCGACAGCCACGAGUAGCAGCAAUGAAAGUCUUCCACGCCGCCUACUCUUCUUCUUCGAUCUCUUUUUAGAUAGCGGUUGGCUACACCGCCGGCGGAAUCAACAAGAAGACAACGCCCUGAUCCAGUUUCAGCCAGCACGCGCCUACAAGUACAACGUCGCGUGGUACCCACGCGCUAUCGCCACUAUCGGAGCAGAAUCUUCAACGGCUUCUACAGAAGGUGCUGUUUGACUUUGAAGCUAAAACAAGAAAAGAAAAAAGAGGGCCUGUUGAAGAGGCGAAAGAGGUUUUCUUUUGGUGGUGGAUUGUCAAGACUUUGAUGGUUAAAGAGGGUCCUUGACUCUAUUUGUUUCGAUGGUUAUGAUGGAUUUGGUGGGUUUUGGUUAUGAUACCUAUAAGAUUGAAGUCUGCAUAUAACAUAGCAUAUUUCUUGUUUUGUCUUAAUGGGUUCAAAUGAUUUCUUGAUUUUAGAGGUUUCAACUAUUGGAUUGUUGAGAUAGAGGAGGAAAAACAAAAAGUAAUGGGGGAGGAGGCUAACUCUUGGAUAAGGAGGACUAAGUUCUCUCACACAAUUUAUUACCGUUUGGAUCCUUCAAGAUUGGCCUCUUUUCCUAUCAGUAUCCAGGCAGAAAGAAUUUCGGGCUUGAAAUCCAGGCCUGGAACUGAAACUGCUUCUCCCAAGCAGAAUUCACAGCAAUCCUUGUCCAAUCAAAACUUCCAACGGUCCUUUCCCAAUCAGAAAUCACUUUCCUUUCCCAGUCAGAAAUCAUUAGUGUCUGAUAAUUCUCAGAUGAGGAGAAAUCUGCUCACAAAUAAGCAAAGAUCUUUAUCUCCUCUACCUGAAACAAACCUUUCCGAUACUUUUAAAGAAGCAAGGUCUGAUAAAAAGAGAUUCUCGACACCACAUCCCCGAAGAAAAAAUCAAGACAUGGGAAUUAUAGGAAAGCUUUUGCAUAGAGAGUCGCAAGAAUCCAAGGAGAAGUCCAAUAGAAGCCCACUUAGGCACUUGGCCUCGAUGAAGGUUGGUCAUGAAAAGUCCAGGAUUAAGGAGUCUGCUUGGGCAAAAUAUUUUGAUCAUGGUGGAGGAAAGGUUAAUGCAGUGGAAGCAGCUGAUGAAUGCAUUGUUGAUAUGUCUAAACUGUUUCUUGGGCUUAGAUUUGCUCAUGGGGCACACAGUAGGCUUUACCAUGGUUUGUACAAGGAUAAGCCUGUUGCAGUAAAAAUUAUCAGGGUACCAGAUGAUGAUGAAAAUGGAAACUUAGCAACUCGAUUGGAGAAUCAAUUCAACAGAGAAGUCAUGCUUCUAUCUCAGCUUCACCAUCCGAAUGUCAUUAAGUUUGUAGCAGCAUGCAGAAAGCCUCCAGUUUAUUGUGUCAUAACAGAAUAUUUAUCCGAGGGUUCCUUGAGGGCAUACCUGCACAAGCUUGAGCACAAAGCCCUCUCCUUAGAGAAAUUAAUGACAAUUGCUCUAGACAUUGCUCGUGGAAUGGAAUACAUUCACUCUCAAGGUGUCAUUCAUCGAGACCUUAAACCAGAGAAUGUCCUUAUUGAUCAAGAGUUCCACUUAAAGAUUGCUGAUUUUGGUAUAGCUUGCGGAGAGGCAUAUUGUGAUUCACUGGCUGAUGACCCAGGCACUUAUAGAUGGAUGGCACCUGAGAUGAUAAAAAAGAAAUCCUAUGGGCGAAAAGCGGAUGUUUACAGCUUUGGACUCAUCUUGUGGGAAAUGGUGGCAGGAACAAUUCCCUAUGAGGACAUGACUCCUAUUCAAGCUGCUUUUGCAGUAGUGAAUAAGAAUUCAAGACCUGUUAUCCCGAGGGACUGUCCUCCUGCCAUGGGAGCUCUUAUUAACCAAUGUUGGUCACUGCAACCAGAAAAGAGGCCGGAGUUUAGGCAGAUUCUGAAAGUAUUAGAGCAAUUUGAAUCUUCCCUUGCUCAUGAUGGAACCUUGAAUCUAGUACAGAAUUUAACUUGCCAAGAUCAUAAGAAAGGAAUGCCCCAUUGGAUUCAAAAGCUUGGUACCGUGAAUCCCAGUAGCACACAUGUGCCCAAACCUAAAUUCACAUGAAUCUUCUGUAUGGCUUGGCUUUUGUAGUGUACCAGGUCAUUUGUAAUUAAAAAGGUUUGUUUUUGAAACUCGUUUAUUGGUACUCCUCUACGUCACAUUCAUGUUAGUGUGAAUUUAAUAGAUCGGUAGGCGUUCCUUGAGGUGAAA